AACGUAGGUAACAUUUGUUUUCCUCACAAAACCAGCAUGUAUGGUUUUGUUCGCUACAGUAUGUAGCUAGUCAUUUCAUCUGUCGUUGUGAGGCAUAUUGAAAACGCGGGUGUGUGCCGUGUUUGAAGCGAUCAACAUCAACAGACAGAGGAAGAAGUAGAAGUGGAGGACCAGAGAUGGCUGCCGUUCCCACCGAAAACGCGACUGUUUCUCAAGGGCAGAAGAUCAACGACGGGGUCUCUCGGCGGCCACGUUCCUCAAGCAAGCGAUGCGUCUGUUGGGUAGUAGCUGCCUUGCUGAGCGGCUGCCUCAUCACUGCCUUGGCGGUCUUUGUGCUCCUACCAGUCGUUUCAAGAUCUGGCACUAAAGCACCAAGAGGCUGCCUCAUCGCGAGGACGCCGAACGGUUACGCCAAGGGAAGCCUACUUCAGUUCAAGAUCAACGGCACAUCGUACAACUCCGUCGCCUUCUACGGCAUCCCGUUCGGCGCCUCGACGACCGGAGACGGGCGGUUCGCUGAGCCCCGAUGCGCCCAGCCCUGGCACGACCUGUUCAACGCCACGUACAAACGACCCCCCUGCGCCCAGUCGGACACGCAUUAUGGUCGCACUUACGUCAUCGACGCCUCGAACACCACCGAAGACUGCCUGCACAUCAACGUCUGGGUGCCCGGCAAAUGCGUGACCGACCUGUUGGGCGGCGAAAACCACCGCGCCGUCGUCUUCUGGCUCUUCGGUGGCUCCUUCGUGGGCGGAGGCAACAGCUUCGACUUCUACGACGGCCGCUUCGUGGCAGGCUUGGGAGACGUGCUCGUCGUCACGCCUAACUACCGGGUGACGUCCUUCGGCUUCCUCAACUCGGGAACGGGCCGUGAAGUUGCGGGCAACAUGGGGCUGUACGACCAGCUUCUGGCGCUCCGCUGGCUUCGGGAAAACGUCCACUGGUUCGGCGGCGACCGCGACCGCAUACUAAUCGCCGGACAGAGCGCCGGCGCCAUCGCGUCCUCCAUGUUGAUGGCGAGCCCGAUAAUGUCGCAGUACGGCCCGUACCGCAGGGCGUUUCUCAUGAGCGGCUCGGCGUACGUUCCGCUGCCCCGGAACGAGGGACCCGACGCGCGAUGGAGCUUCUCGCGCCUGGCCUCCAACGCCGGCUGCCAGUCGGCGCGCGUCGCCGACGCUGUGCACUGCCUCCGAAACCGGAGCGCGCCGGAUAUCUUGAAGGCCACCAAGAAUAUUUCUGUUUUUCAUGCCAUCCUUCGAGGCGCCCCUAUUUCCUGGCAAGAUGGACUCUCUCGAGCGGCGACCGUGUACGACCUUGAAGCCCCCAACCACCGCGGUUGGAUACAGGUUAUCGGUGACACCAUGUUCCGUUGUCCCGUUGCUUCCUUCGGGAAAAGUUUGGCCACCCUGGGAAAGAAUGUGUACUACUUGCAGUACACGCCCAGACCUUCUUUUUCCCCGUUUUCCGGAGAAAAUGCGACGCACGGAGACGAUGUGCCAAUGCUGUUUGGGCUCCCGUACACCUACCCGCACUUGGCUACUGACGAAGACAGGGCGAUGUCCUACCGCAUGAUCACGAUGGUGUCCAGCUUCGCAAAAGACGGGUCUCUCCCAGGCCUGGAGGACGGGAGUCCCUGGCCGCUCUUCUCGAAGGCUUCCAACUACUCGUUCGUCGACCUCGCACACUCCGGGUUCACGCUUGGCGGCACCACUCCCGAGUGUCCCUUGCUAGAGAUCAUGAGGAUGAUCUUGAACCCGGACAAGUCGGACCGGCGAGCUAUCGACAGUGCUUGGACGCCCGAAGUCGUCAGCUUGGCACUGGACAUGCUUGCCGCGAUACCGGCGCGAGCUCUUGAGAUCGCCGCCACCACUCAUGCCCGUGCUUACAAAGGCCAAUGA